CGCUCGUCGUCCCUUUACAGUCUGCUAUUGCUCUUAUUCCGGUCAACAUGUGCCUUCAGUUGGAGCCCUGAAAGUUAGACCCCACUCUGUCCAGGUAGAGACUCAUUCUGCUGGCGCCAACCGUGAAGCCAUCAUGGAUUUGUUGAGAUUCGAGACGAUCCUCCUGCUCCUGUCCGUCGGAGGCGGAUCGGCCCAGGACGCACUGCCCCACGGGCCGCUGUACGUGGAGCUGGGCCAGAACGUCACCUUCAAGACACAGGCGGACCUGGAGAAGUCUUUCAUCACCAUCGUCUGGUCCAAGCACUCGGACGAGGAGGGCCUCCAACCCAUUAUCUCGCUGGCCGGCGCCACGGUGAACGUGCCGGAGGCAUACGAGGGCCGCGUGUGGCUGAACCGCACCAACGGCCGGCUGAAGAUGGGCCCCACCACCGCCGCCGACGACGGCGAGUACUCCGUCUCCAUGGUGGACGACAAGGCCGUCACCCAGACCGGAGAGAGAGAGCUGCGCGUGCUCGUGCCGGUGUCCAGCGUGCUGAUCGCCUCCUCCCCCCUGGAGGCUCUGGAGACCAACUCCACCGUCGUCCUCAACUGCUCCGCCCUGGGCUCCUUCCUCGACUUCAGCUGGACCAACGGCACCACCCCCCUGCUGGGCGACGGCAAGAGGACCUCCAUCUCCAACGGGGAGCAGUGGAGCAGCGUGACCAUCCGGGAGGUUAACCGCUGGGAACUCCGCGGACCAAUCGGCUGCAGCGCCACCAACAAGCUGGAGAAGACGAUGAACAGCGCCCCCUUCAACAUGUCAGUCCACUACGGUCCGGAGGCUGUGAAGAUGACCUCGCUGCCGGCGGUGGCGGCCGGGGGCUUCGUGGGGAGGGGCUCCAACAUGACGCUGUCGUGCUCGGCGGCGUCGGCCCCCCCCGCCGCCCUCAGCUGGCUCCACAACGGGAAGGCCCUCCCCGGGAAGACCGGCCCCACUCUGGUCCUCAGCGACCUCGGCCUGACGCAGGGCGGGACGUACAAAUGCUCCGCCCACAACGCCAAGACCCUGCGCACGGUCGACGCCCCCGCCGUCUCCUUCACCGUGAUGGAGGCCAUCAGCGGGGCGCAGGUCACCGGUCCCGCGGCGGGGCAGCUGGCGGGCGUGGCCGGGGGGGUCAACCUGACGUGCGGCGCGGCGGCCGGCGAGGUGGCCCAGUGGGCGUGGCUUAAGGACGGCGCCGCCCUGCCGAAGGACGGCCGCACCACGCUGUUGGCCAACGGCUCCAUGCUGAGGCUCCUCCCCCUGGCGAAGGAGCACCGCGGCGUCUACACCUGCAUCCUCAAGAACGCCGUCAACUCCGUCAAAGCCGCCUACACCCUGGUGGUGUUCUACGGUCCUGACAGCCUGACGAUCAGAGGCGAGAGCGCCGUGGAGGUCAACGACGCGCUGACCCUCACGUGCUCCUUGGACUCCAACCCCACCGCCGCCAUCAAGUGGCGCUUCAACAACACGGCGCGGACGGAGACCACCAAGGUGCUCACCAUCGCCACGGUGGCGUACCGCGACACGGGGCUGUACACCUGCCAGGCGUACAACGCCAAGACCCAGCGCAACGCCUCCAGCACCUUCAUGCUGUCCGUCAAAGAGGAGGGCGCCCUGGACCCCGAGGGUCUAUCCGGGGGCGCAAUCGCCGGGAUCGUGAUCGGCGUUCUGGCCGCUGUGCUGCUGGCCGUCGGCGCCUUCAUCUACUGCAAACGGAAACAGACGAUUGAGUCGCCCUACUAGAGACCUGAGGAGGCUCGGAGGUGCUGGCCCAGAGGUACCAAGCCGACCCUGUGAUGCCCCCCCCCCCCCCCCAUCUCCACGGCGACCCAGCAGCCCACCAAUCAGGCCACAGCUGCAGCUCCGCCCUCCACUCAAACAAUUGAAUACCAACCCAGGAGGAGUGCUGUGAUUGGUCGACUGGGUAGUCUUUCAGGGCUAGCAUCAGGAGUCUGGACUUGAUACAUACACACAAACACACACAUAUAUAUUCUCCAUCCCUCCCUCUCUCUCUCUCUCUCUCUCUCUCUCUCUCUCUCUCUCUCUCUCUAUCUCUCUCUCUCUCUCUCUCUCCCUCUCUCUCUCUCUCUCUCUCUCUCUCUCUCUCUCACUCUCUCUCCCUCUCCCUCUCUCUCUCUCAUUCCUCAACACGCACACACCUUGGGGUACUUGGACUUUGAAGACACAGCUGUGGUUCCAGACACACUCGGUCGGUCUCUAAAUGCUUUAAGACAUCUAACUGCCUUACGGGAAUCGAACGGGCAACCCUCACAGUCGUACUGCCCCUACUGCCACAACUUGUUUAAACACACACAAACACACACGCAUGAACACACACACAUAUAUGCCAUUCUGACCAAUGACAGAGCUCCUCUGUGACUCUGUAGCCCCACCCCCCUUAGGUACACACACCUACACACACACACACACA